UGCGCGUUCCCCUUCCAGCGGUGUCUGCUGCGUUACCUAGGGGUGGACGCGCGCAGUAGCAGCGUGGAAAGCGAGCGUUUUGUGAAACUUCAGGAUUUCUGUCCGCAAGUCUGCUUUCUCAGGAUAAGGCGCUGUCGACGCCCCCAACGCAGCAGCGGUGAACGAGAGCAGACGGUUAGUCGUUUGAACGGUUAGAUCGCGAGCCAGGGGGGAGGGGGAGAGCGUGUGAUCGAGAGCGCGCGCGCGCGGGGCCUGCGUGGAGCAACAGCGAGACCGUGCUCCGCAGCCGCGGACUCGACUGGAAGUUCCGGCCGGAUCCCUGACUGUCCGCGCCGACCGAGUCGCCCGUCGUCAGGGCCGAGGCUCUCGUCGCCGGCCCUGUGGAUGAGGAAGUAAACGGAAACAAGUCACCCAGGAGUAAGGAGCCCCUUUGAAUGGGAGAAUCCUCGGCCCUGGGCUCCUGGGUUAAGUCGCAUGCCGUAAUGGACGAGGCGUUGAAUUCAAUCAUGCAGGACCUGGCUGAGCUGCACCGCUCCAGCCGACCCGCUUUGUCUCUGGCUGACCUGGGCAAGCCAAAGGCUUCCUCACCCAAGAACCAGAACGAUGUUCGAGUAAAGUUUGAGUACCGAGGGGAGAAGAGGAUUUUGCAGUUCCCACGACCAGUCAAAUUGGAUGACUUGAAGUUCAAGGCCAAGGUGGCUUUUGGUCAGGCUAUGGACCUACACUACACAAACAAUGAGUUGGUUAUCCCCUUAUCCACACAAGAUGACCUGGAUAAGGCAGUUGAGUUGCUUGAUCGCAGCGUUCACAUGAAAAGCCUCAAGAUCCUGUUGGUGCUGCAGGCAUCAAUGCAGAGCUGUACUAGUAAUAUGGAGCUGUUGCCCAACCUUGAGAACCUGGACAACACAGCGUUUCGGGGGACAGACAAGAAAUCCUCACUGCCUUUAAUUGGUUCGCACUCCACAGAUCGGAGCUCACCUCCUCCAGGAUACAUCCCUGACGCCUUACAGCAGGUGGCCCGGAAUGGCUCCUUCACCAGCAUCAACAGUGAGGGCGAGUUCAUCCCUGAGAGCAUGGACCAGAUGUUAGACCCUCUGUCCAUGAGUAGUCCUGAGAACUCUGCUUCAGGAAGCUGUCCGUCCCUCGACAGCCCACUGGACAGUGACAGUUAUCCCAAGUCCCGCAUGCCCCGAGCCCAGAGUUACCCUGACAACCAUCAGGAAUUCACAGAUUUUGAUAUCCCUGUUUUUGAGAAAACCGGGAAAGGGGGUACAUACCCACGGCGCUACCACAUCUCAUUUGGUCAUCAGGACUACAGUGAUGGGAGGAAGACAUUCCCACGAGCACGCCGUACCCAAGGCCAUAGCUUCCGCUCCCCAGUAAGCUUCAGCCCCACGGAACAGUCUUUGAGCACCAGCAGUGGUAGCAGCAUCUUCACUCCUGAGUUAGAGGAGGCAGGCCGUCGCCGCCGUGGCAGUGACAUUGACGCUGGCCCGAUGCUAUCUGUCAUGGACAUUAGUCCUCCUAGCCGCUCACCUCGUGCGCCUACUAACUGGCGGCUGGGAAAACUGCUUGGCCAGGGUGCUUUCGGCCGGGUCUACCUCUGUUAUGAUGCCGACACUGGCCGCGAAUUGGCUGUCAAGCAGGUCCAGUUUGACCCUGACAGUCCAGAGACUAGCAAGGAGGUGAGUGCUCUGGAAUGUGAGAUCCAGCUGCUUAAGAACUUGUUUCACGAGAGGAUUGUACAAUACUACGGUUGCCUGCGAGAUGUGCAGGAGAAAACGCUGUCCAUCUUCAUGGAAUAUAUGCCUGGGGGAUCUAUUAAGGACCAAUUGAAGUCCUAUGGAGCCUUGACGGAAAAUGUAACACGCAAAUACACGCGCCAGAUCCUGGAGGGAGUGUCCUAUCUGCACAGUAACAUGAUUGUGCACAGAGACAUCAAAGGGGCCAAUAUCCUGAGAGAUUCUGCUGGAAACGUGAAGCUGGGUGACUUUGGUGCGAGUCGGCGCUUGCAGACAAUCUGUCUUUCUGGCACAGGGAUCAAGUCAGUCACUGGAACCCCUUACUGGAUGAGCCCAGAAGUAAUAAGUGGAGAGGGCUAUGGCAGGAAGGCAGAUAUCUGGAGUGUAGGCUGCACUGUGGUAGAGAUGCUGACUCAGCGCCCACCUUGGGCAGAAUUUGAAGCCAUGGCAGCCAUCUUUAAAAUCGCCACCCAGCCCACGAACCCUGUGUUACCGGCACAUGUGUCAGAUCACUGCCGUGACUUCCUAAAACGUAUCUUUGUGGAGACCAAACAGCGGCCAGCUGCAGAAGAACUGCUACGCCACAUUUUUGUGCACUAGUUCCUCCCCAAAGCCCUGCCCUCAAGCUCUGCCCUUUCUGUAUCUGGCCACCCUUCCUCUAAUCUGAAAAAAAAUAGAAAAAAGGAAAAAAAAAAAAAAAAAAAAAAACUAAACCAGAAAACACUUUGAUCUGUCAGGGUUUCUUGUGUGUUUGCUCUUAUGGUUCUGACGGACUGAAUGGAUACGUUGCACCUUAGUUUCACAGCUGGGUAAGUGCCCAUAAAGACAAAAGGACAAAAGUCUUUGUAUUUUUUUUUUCAUUAAUGUUAUUCUAUCUUACGAUUGUGGACUUGGAAUUUGUGCUUUUAAUCCAGUAGUAUUCUGGAUCUGUGGGGGGGGGUGAGAGAGAUGAUCUGGUUUGGUUCUGAAGUGGUCCAGAAUGUACCGGUGAACACUGCGCUUUGGUUUCUGAGAAAGCUGCUAAGAUGGGUGUGAGGAACUCUGUCUUCACAGGCUUCUGCUAUACCUUCAGUGUCCAUAUGGAACAUAAAUGAAACAAAGGUUGAGUAGCAAAAUUUGUGUUUAGUCUCAGUCCAGGUGUCAGAGAGCUCCAUAACCCACCGAAUUCUAUUACAUAAGACCAACGUCCUGCCCUGACGACUGUUUGAUUUGUGUUUUUCCCCCCUCUGUCUACUUAUGUGUCCUCUACACUUCUAGUGUGUGUUUCUGGCAGUCACCUUUUGCUUUAUGCCUGAAAAGUCUUUUCAUUAUUUACUGAAUAUUUGCGUGCAUAUCAGAUUUAUCUUUUGCACCGUUCAGAGAUGUGGGAGUUUUCUUUCGUUACAGGAACCCAGGAGAUGGUUUCUCCUGGUUAUGACUGUGGCUUAUUGCCUUUUCUCGUCUGCAGUUGGCCAUCAGUUGGUCAGAAUGCAACAGAUUGCUACAGGCAUCCGUUGGGUAACGAGGUACUCAGUGAACCAAAGUUGAACCUAGGCCAUACUGGCAUUAGUGCCUCAGCUGAGCCAAAAGUAAAUUUUUUUUUUUGGGGGGUAGUCAACCCAAAUGAAAAGUGGUUGGUACCUGAGAAGUGCUUUUCUGAAGUGGAGCCUACAUGGUCUUGGUUCCUUUAUGGGCUUUGGUGUAAUAUAGCCUCUUUGUCUCACACUCCGAGAUGGUGAACAUGGUCACUGUCUUCUUUCUGCUCCAAGUCUGAUUUUUGAAUCUUCUUGCUAAAGAACGAACCAUAACUCAGUUACACAUGCAGUGUAUCAGGUUCUCACUCCAGCCUCUGAAGUUUACAGUAAGGUUUGACAUGGAAGUAAGAAUUUUUUUCACAAUACUGUAUGGACCAGGGAGCAGCCAGCCUCAUCAUCUCUCACCUCGCUCACACUUCAACAGUGCCAAUCACUAUACUUCUAUCAGUACUGUUAUUUCUAUUGUUCUUAUUGUUAUGAUCCUAUUACUUUGCUUUUAUGAAUAGUGAUAAUGAGAAGGAGGGUCCAUGCUGGGUCCUAUGUUGAGAUUAUUGAGAAGCAAAGCGUUUGACUACAAUCAAUUCCUUCUCCUAUCGGAGAAAAGGCAAAAGGAACUAUAAGAAAGCAGCAAAUUGUGUAAAUACUUGGAAGUCUUGUGGGUUUUCUUCGAAGACAAAGCUCUGUCUGGAAUUCUGCCAGCUCUGUGGUCUUGUGUAUAUAGUGUCUUGAUUGAGGGGGAUAUCUCACCCUGUAACACUCUAGGUUUGAAAAUAUUGUUAAAAGCACACCACCAAACAACAACCUAUCAAUCAAACUUGUUUAUAAUGUGGUAAAAUUAGGUAUGUGCACUCCCUAUGCUGUGACCAACAGGAAAUGGUACUAAAACUGUGUUUGCCCUCCUUUGGUAGAUUUGGAUAGAUUCACAGAAUUUCUCACAGCUUCCGAUUCAGCAGUUCUUGUGUCCUUACAUGCAGCAGUUUAAAUAUGUUUGUAAUAUUUGUUCAUUUGUAUAUUUUGCAUGCACUAACAAGUUGAAUUUCCUGCCUAGUUUCAUCAGAUGGUACAGUGCAGUCAGUGGUUACUAAGGGAAAACAAAGGCCCAACUGUUCCCCUCUUGCGGGGGGAGGUCUGUCUAUCAGCCCUGAGAUGUGUGUUGGGAGAAUUUUCCGUUCACUAUUUUGGUCAGGAGGAAGAUAUUCUUACUCAUUUAGAUAUUUAACAAGUUAUUAAGCUGGAUUUUUGUUUACUUCUGUUGAUAUAAAGGUUUUGUGCUAAGGCACAUCAAAUUUAUUGUUUUGUAAAAACUGAAAAGCACUGAAUGGUUUUUGUAAUGCUUACAUGCUACAAUGUGCCAUUUAUGGAUUUUAUAGUUGCUCACUCCAGUAUGAACUGCUUCUUCUAGUUAGAAAAGAGCUGGCUUUGUAAAUAAGAAGCAGAGUUCAAGUCUCCAUUUCUAGCCUAAGAAAAGUAAACAAGGCUCCAAACAAUGUAAGACAUUGAAAAAGUUCUAGCGUCAUGGCACACUGGUGUGGGUUUUUUUAUUAUUUUUUUUUUAUUAAUGUUAUGAGCAUGGACUCAACACUGAAGGAUGAAUACCCACUUUUACUGUUUUACAGGCCAAAACCAGUAGUUUUUGGUGGUGUGCUUCUUGAAGCUUACUAGUAUGAUUUUUUUUUUUUUUUUGUUGAUUGAGUUUAGUAUGUACUGUACAUAUUUUUUCCUAAUGUUGACUUUUGCACAUUUUGAAGACUAUGAUUUGUAUAAUGAUGUAAUUGCUGAUGUAUGCUGGCAGGUGGAGGUGUUUGUGUACUUUGAGUGUCUACAUGUCGUGUGUCCGAGAGAACCUGCUGUGGCUUGGUUAGGGUGUUUUAUUUUUUUAUUUUUUUUUUUUUGAUCUGUGUGACUUUGUGAGGGCUCAGAAGUAGCAGAGCAGUGCAUUCUGGGAGCUCUGCUGUUUUUUAAAAUCAGGAAUGUUAUGUGUCACCUUAAACCUUCACCUUCCAGGUGAUUGUGUCUAAUAGUGUUCCUUCAGACCCAAAGCCUUCUGCCUUGUACUCUUUCACUUGAAUUUAAUGUUGCUUAGGGUUUCAUUCCCAGCACACUGUUUUGUGUAAAGUGCUUAAUGACAGGAGAUUGAGAGAUUACACAUCUUUCUGGAGAUGCAAAACAGCAGCACUCAACUUCACAUGUACACCAAUGCCUUUACAGUAAAGACAUGCUUUGUAGUCAUAGCAUAUGAAUAUCAGAUAAAUAUCAGAUUCAUAUAGACCAGUUUUGUAGUAUCCCAGCACCAUGACUGCUUCUGCUGCGGAGUCCUGAAUGCACUUUUUUGUGUGUAUGUGCGUGUAUACAUUGCGUGUAUGCUGUUCUACCUGUUCCCAGGACACAGCACCCAAAAUGUCCAUGCAUUAUGGAUGUAUGACUUCUGCUGCGGUCGGGGGAGAAAUGUAAAAAUGUAGAAACUCAAUUUUUUUUUAUGGGGGGGUGGGGAAAACACCUGGUACAAAACGUAUAUCCUUCACCUUGUUCUCUAUUGUAAAAGAAGCCAUGUUUAUAAUUAUUUGGUUUGUGACCAAUAAGCCUGUUUAUAUCAAAUCUGUAUAUCAGUGGUACGCAUAUUUUUUUUAAUAUAUUUUCUUUUUUUUUAAUAUAAGAUUUUAUGCAUGAUAAGAGCUGCAAGAAAUGACAGGAAAUGUUUUCAAGUUAAUACUUGACCUCCCAUGUGAUGAUGGGUGGACAUUGAGGACCAGUGCAGUUUAGUGCAGGAGAUCAACAGAGCAUUUAAACCAGCUGGCACU